AUGCCUGGAGAUGUAUGUAAGUAUUGCCUUCCAAAUUAAAAUUGGUUUCUCAUACUCAUUGCAAAGAUCCUCAUUCUCUGUAUGCCUUUACAACCCGAACUUUAAAUUGCUAAAAACCUGAUUUCCUCAAUUUUCAGCGCCAGUAUCUUCGAUUACAAACGGUUUAAUCUACCUUUAUGGAACUCAACCUCAACCCACCAACGAUCAUUGUAAAUCGAUUACAUGGAAAUUAAAGAGAAUUUCAACAAUGCGGUUUUAUUGAAUCUUUACGAUUUUGAUUAGUAGCAAUUAUUUUCGACUCCGUCGAGGUAAAACGUUUCGGUUGUGGGGGUUGCUCACGGAAGGUUGAGGGAGCGUCUUGGUGGUUGGACUCAAUCUCCGCGGAUUUACCUGUGCUUGGCUGUUCUGGGAGCUGCCUCGAUUUUGCUUUUUACAUGCUAAUAAAGGAAGUGUUCGACGAGGCUCAGAUUUUCUUUAAACUUUGCAUACAUAUCAGAUGUGAGCCAGAUAUAAAUUUAUGAAAAUUUUAGCUAGCGCUGAGACUGCUAGCGCUUUGCAGGUGAUGUCAAGAUAUUAGAUGAUCAAUUUCCUACCAAAAAAAAUUACUUUUGGUUUAUAUUUUUAUAUUACGUCACUCUCGGCGGUAGAAAUAAUUAUGGUACUUUCCAUUCCAAGACAAAAACGCGUCACCUUUCUCCGAUUUUCGACCUAAAAGCCUAGAAUUUUUUUCAAAUUUGUGCCAAGUUUCAUCAUACCCCUGCUCUGAGCGUUGCACUUUUAAAUCACCUGUUUUUGCCGUUGAAUAAUUCAGAUUGGGAGACGGUGCGUAAUACUUGUAUUUAUGACACGUAGGCCUAAAUUUUGGGCCAAGGCAAUGAAAAGCAGAGAAAAAGCUUUUUUAUGCAGUAUAAUACUUACAGUCUUUGCUUGUUGGUCCUAAAGCUACAUUUUCUGUGUAGUUUACCCCUUAUUUUUAAUAGGCAGUCAGUUUACCAUCAGCAGCCCAGUGAUCUAAUAUCCGAGAUUUCAUCUACAGAAUUUCUGUGAAUUGUUUUAUAACCACAGUUUUUCCUUCUUUGGUCUCAUACAUUUCAUGCUAAAGAGUUUUAAAUGAAGUUUACUCAUCUUUCCAGGCCUUGACUCUCUACGUAGUUACUUUACUUUUGUUUUUGCGGCGGCAGUGACCUACGAGCAAGCCGGGUAAAAAUCCAUAAGCGGAUUCCAGUUUCACCUUCGGAAGUGGCGGUUGAUUCGCUCGAUUCGGAAAAUUAUGAAAUCAAGUCAAAUUUCAACCCAAAUUUUGAAGAGAGCGCCGCUAAAACAAUGAGUGAGCUUAAUAUUUUGAGGCUUUUCUAACUCGUAAUUUAUGAUUUGUGAGUUAAACGUUAAAAUUUCUGUGAAUUGUGUAUAAAUUAGUAUAAUUGAAGCUUCCAUAGGAAUUUGUGAUAUCGUCUGUUUAUGUAUGUCAUGUACUUAUAAAUACUGUCUGCGUCGUAGAAUUUGAUGUCCUCUUUUGUGGGCGUCCCGGAGACUAAAAGCUAAAUUGCUUGAGGCAACAAUAUGCAUCGUGACUCUAACGUGUCUAUGUCCCAAAAAACCGGAAUAAAUGUCAUCGCGGAAUACAGAAAUGCAGAUUUACAUCGGGGCCGGGAUUUUGGGAUUGGUUAGCCUUAACCAAUCUGGACCAUUAAGGUUGGAACCAUUUUACAAUAGCUUUGCCAUUUUUACAAUAGCUUUCCAACUUUUAAAAUUUUGGGCCAUCGAUACGCCUGGGGUCAAUGCGUCACCUCAAAGUCACUUAAGAAUGAUAGGGCGUAGCUCGGGAAGUCGUGAAACAAUUUCGCCGGGGCAGCUCAGAAAACCUGAGACGUAGCUCGGCGAGCUGAGGUGACGCAGUGGCCCCCAGGUUUAAUCGAUGACCCAAAAUUUUCAUGUUAUAAAAAUGGCAAGUUUCAAUGGCUUGUUUUCCAUGCUGGGAUCUUGCAUUUUUAGCAAGCUUUAAGACAGCGUAUUGGCCCCAGGCGUAUCGUCGACACAAAGUUUUCUAGGUUUUCAAGAUAAAAAUAGCAAGUCUCAACAUUCUUUCUCAGUCUUGGAGCUCCGGCAUAGCAGAAAUUGGAAGAAAGUUAUUGCGCGUUAGAUGAACUUCUCCUUGAAAAAUCUCCCCUCAGAAUUAUAUUCCUAUUUUUAUUUACUAUUUAUACUGUUUUUUAAAUUGUCUUCCCGACGCCGAAACGCUGCAAUUUCUUGCCCUUUGUGCGGGUAAAUGGACGUUGCGUUUUCGGUGACGGUUUCAGUGCGCCGGCGACUCCGGAUUGGAAUAAUUAUUGUGGCGGGUAACCUGGGUUUCGGCGCUUUCCUUUUUUCGAAUUCAACUUUUUAAUUUUUGUGUUUUUUUCGAAAAAGCCUCAUACCGGACCUCGCGGAAUCCACGCGGAGUAUUGGGGAGAAAGCUGGAAAAAACAAAGGAGACUAAUGAGAUUAACCGUUGAAGUUAAGACUCAGCCAUUCGGGGGGUUUUUGGGAGAUUCCGAAGCGCUGAACACAAUCCUUAUUUGUUUAUUUAUCUCUCAGUCUGUCGGGGAAAUAAUGUGGAUUUGUCGCAAUAUCGCUUUGUCGCGGCCGUGGACCAAAUCUACAGCCGUGGCAAGCCGUCGCAUAGCGAUCAUGGGCGGCGCGAGGAAUCCACAUUGUUUUCCCGACAGACUGAUGUUCCAUUUCCAUUUAAUGUCACAGACAUUUUGCAUUCGUAAAUGAUGUCAUUUCAAGUGUUAGCACUCUUCAUUUCCUCGAGACAAGUGUCAAAUUCCCGUUUUUUUGCGGUCAGGAAGGUUCAGAUCUGAAAAGAUUUCUUCUUCGAACAUUAGGUGCAAAAAAGCAAAAGUUUUUGUCAUUUUUUAUAUUGGCCUCCCUUUAUUAUCCUCUUAGCCUGCAAUGUUUGUAUACGGUUACUUGGAGAUUUAGUGGAAGAGUUAGGAACGUCUCAGUUUUCUUCUGUGAGCCGGCAAACAGAUUUGUUUGUUCUUUUACUUUUUUUGGAUCCCUAGGAGUGUUAAUGUAACUUUUCGGACUUGUCGGUCACCUUUUGACACCUUUUUUUGCCUCUAUAAAUAGUUGCUGGUAAGAGAAGUGUCACAAAUGCGAUGCUCAGAUUUCGUCUGGAUUUGGCAGGCUCAAGAGAACAUAGGCCCGUAUAACUUUUUAAAAAUAUAAGUUUGUGCCUUGCACGGGUAGCCAAGACCUUUAACAAUUCUUUUUGCUGAUGGAGUACGCGAAAAAUAUGAUUUUUUUCUGUAAGCAUAGCGUUCCGGGCUUUGUUUGGCCACGGAUAGGUCCCAAUUUUCGCUCAAAGGACACUGUUCUGUACGAUAUAAAAUGGUACAAAACCUCGGCCACAUGCGAUAACAGUCUCACAGAUGUUUUAAAGCUUAUGGCCCAAAUUUGUACCAAGUUUGUCAAAAUAUGAAAGUCUUUGAGCACUUCUUUUAUAAGCUUAUGACGAUUCUCCUGAUCACAUUUAUGAUACAAUAGAUCAAUUCCAGACCUCAGCCACAUCAGGCAUGCUAAGGCUGGGUUUGUAUUAACUCUCCGUUACCUGACGCCUAAAAGAGAUGCCAUGCGUUUUGUCUCUGCCUACCUGGUCAUCUGGUAUAUUGCCUGGUACAUUGCAACCUGUUGUGGGUGAGGCUUCAAACUUUUACAAUCUGCCAAAGCAAUUUUAUUCCUAAUCCCUUGCAAUAUUCAGGUUAAACGCGGAGGAGCGGAGUGAGCUUGCCCGAAAAUUCAAAUACUACCAUGCCUCUGUCCGACCCGCCGACAGGUACAACAUGAUCGAGACCGUGAACGGCACAUUCUUCGGUCUUCAUUCGGAGAUUGCGUUGAUGGCGGCGACACCCGCGAAGAAUAUUCUUGAUCUCGAGCUGGUGCUGGCGAUGCACUACAGCGAUGAGCGGUUGAUUAUCAGGGAAAUUGUGAAUACGCUUGUCUUGCCGGAGGAGUUUGUGGCCUGGAGCCCGGAAAUUGAGUACGAGCCGGCCGUAGAAGAAAGCAAAAAAAUCUAUUUGGAUCCGAAGACUGGGCAACUCAAUAUGGUAAUAAAGUAAGUAAAAUACUUUAUGUUUUUUGUACAUAUGUACACACGUACCUACGUUUAUGGCUAAAGGGCUGAAUGGACGUAAGGGUCGCAAAUUAAGUACUAUUAGGCUUUUUUAGAAUAAAAGCGUCGAUAGAAUGCGACAGCGAAGAGUGGACGUCCCCAUUCAGCACUUACAUGUGCAGUGUGACAAUCAAAACAAACCCGGGUAAGAAACACAAAAGAAAUAGAAGAAAUCUACCAGCAUUUAGAGAACUAACGUACUAACAUAUUUUCCCUUCAGAUGAACGGAUCUUCAUUCGCCACACCCGCGACUUUCGCUCAGACUUUGAGGUCCAAAAAGUCUUCUGCUCAAUCGACGAAUGGCCAGAAUUUUCGUUGCAGUGCAAAAUGAAGGCAGAAUGGACGGCUGUCGUGUUCAGGUCGUAUUUCCCGUCUUUUCUGAUUUUUGUCGCCGUUGUUUUUUCGCAAUGGAAGCGAAGAAAGGUCCAAGUGAUGCUGGCCGUUGGCGGGAUUGUCAUUGUCCUUAUGAUGGUAAGAAAAUUGCAUUUAUAAGAGAAAUACUCCAAGUUCGACGCUCAGAUUUUCUUUAAAUUUUGCACAUACGUCCUGCAAUCUUCGUUUUAGCAAAAUACCCGCCCUGUCACGGAGAGCCUCACCCUGUACGACCUGUGGUUUGUUGGGACGUUUUUGCAUCUUAUCUCAGUGCUAUUUAUUGAUCUCAUCCUUCCGACCCGUCGUAUUGUCCGCAGCACCUAUGAGACUGAGAAGCCCCAUAUUGAGGCCGGUUCUCCGUUACUUAAGAGCACUGCCUCCAGAGGAACAUUGGUCACUGCUUACACGACAACAAACAAAGAUGCGCAACAACGAUUGUAUAGGCCGACUAUGGGAAGUAGAAGCUGGGAGGAGAAGAUCGGAUAUAUUGAUCACCCGCCAUCCGGCCGAUAUGAGUACGAAGUUGGCGAGGAAAACGGUAAUUUUAAGGCUUAAAGCAGGCUUGAAUUCAAUUUUUAGUUGACGACGAAGAUGAAGACCAUGAAAACAUGAGGACCACCUAUGUUCAUGUGGAAACGAUACCUUCGCACACGAUUUCUACGCCUGUGACAAAGCCACGCAACUUCUCCACCCUCUCCACGUCCUAUAUGCACUCUUCUGUGUCGCCAUUGGCCCGCAGAUCCAACCCGUUGAUGACGUCGUCGAUGAGCUCCUCAACAAAGCCGCAGGAAAGGCGGACGGUCACAACAAUGGGGCUGGGCAAAAAGAAGAAGCUCUGCCUUCUCUGCAUUGUCAGUUGUUAUGUGACUUUCUGUUGUGCCUACUUUUGCCUGGUUUUAUACGCUCUGGGAUGA